AUGGGAGUACCCAAAGGUGGCGCGCGUGAAGUACGAGGCGCGUUUCGAGGCAAGCGGCAAGCCUAUAAAGCGAGGUUCAGACAUCUCGAGCUUGAGUUGCGGGCCGAGUUGGAGAAGCAAAUGGAGAAGCAGCUGAAGCUCGGAGUCAUCCGUCCUUCGAAAACCGAGUGGGCCGCCACGCCGCACUUCGUGAAGAAGAAGACGGGCGAGUGGAGGUGCGUUUUGGAUUACCGGAGGGUGAACCAAAGCAUGACUACCGACUCGUAUCCGCUGCCCCGAAUAUGGGACCACUUAAGAACCACAGCAAACCAUCAGCACUUCACGACUCUCGAUAUGAACUCGGGAUUCUGGAAUGUGCCGAUAGCGGAGGAGAGCAAGCGCCUCACCGCGUUCAUCACACCGUUUGGGCUGUUCGAGUUCAUUGUCAUCCCCUUCGGGAUUAAGAACUCGCCGGCGGAGUUCCAGCGCGCGAUGGACAUUUGUUUGAGGAGGUGUUGGACCACCGCACUCUGUGUUACAUUGAUGAUAUCAUCAUGGAAGACGGACACGGUGCCGGAAAUGAUGCAGCGGUUGGAGAAGGUCUUGCGACUGCGCGGAGAGAGAGGCUUCUACCUCAGGCUAGAUAAGAGCGAGUGGCUUAAGACCGAAGUAAA